AGUUAAUUUCAGGGAGACAAAAUGGAGGUCCUUUUGCCAUAUGCGCAUUGCUAUUGCGAAGAGAACGCUUAUAUGUGUCUGGAAAAGGCUCGCGAGUUUCCUGACGUCUUUGACCGCAGCUAUGCGGUGUUCAUGAGCUCCUUCACCUGUGAUCCCUCGCGCGAAAUUUACAACCAGUGGACAUCCACCGUUCCGUACCGUAGCUUUAAAUCGCCUGAUCCUAGUAGGGAUCUGGUGAUUUGGGAUUAUCACGUCUUCACAGUUGUCCACAAUAAAGCAAAUGGAAAAUGGUUUGUCAUUGACCAUGAUUCGUCGUUGUCUUCUUCGAGCGAGCCAGCUUUAGGGAAUUGGAGCAAAUAUUGUAUCGAUUUUGACAUGUACUGCUCGAAUACCUUGUUUCUCGAAGAGUCUCUAGCAUCGCCUUACAAGAGCCGGGUUCAGCUUUUGAUGGACGCUGUGCAGUUCCGAGUAAUAGACGGAGAUGAAUACCUCUUAUUUUUCCGAAGCGACCGCUCACACAUGAUUGACAAUUCUGACAAAUAUUCCCAGAAGCCACCGUCCUGGCCUCCAAUCAGUGAUUUUCCUCUGUGGGCUGAUUCUACAUUGCGCGAAAAGACUCAAGCGUUGUUGGACUCUCUUGGUCCCUCUUUUCAACGUAAUAAUAUCACAUCUCUAGUCAAUAUGGCGAAUAGUACCGUUCCUGGGACUGUUGUUAAGAGACACCUUUUCUCGAGCCUUUUCUCUCUGGACAUCGCUAGUUGA